AUGGAUAUGGAUGAUGAAGGGCGGCUGAGGAAUGUAUUCUGGGCGGAUGCACGAAGUAGGGCGGCGUACAAAUAUUUUGGAGAUGUCGUCACAUUCGACACGACAUAUUUGACAAACAGAUAUGGGAUGUCGUUUGCACCGUUUGUUGGUGUAAACCACCAUAGCCAGUCAAUUCUAUUGGGGGCUGGAUUAAUUUCUAGUGAGGCUACAGAAACGUUUACAUGGUUAUUUCAGACUUGGUUGACUUGUAUGAAUAGUGAAGCUCCCGAGGCUAUUAUCACAGAUCAAGAUAGAGCCAUGAAAAAUGACAUUAGUCUCGUCUUUCCAAACAGCCGACACAGAUUUUGCUUAUGGCACAUCUUGAAAAAAUUGCCAGAGAAGCUAGGUUCACAUGGUGCAUACAAAACUAGUUUGAAAAGUCAGUUGCUAAAUUGUGUGUAUGACUCUGACACAAUAGAAGAGUUUGAGGGCUCUUGGGAAGUGUUGAUUACGAAGUACAACUUGCAGGAGAAUGCUUGGUUGAAGAGUUUAUAUGCUGAGCGUACGUAUUGGGCACCGACAAACUUAAAAGAGUUUGUCGAUCAAUUCGAUAAUGCAUUGAGGAAGAAGAUUGAGAGUGAAAGUGAGGCGGACUUCCAAUCAUUCAACGUCACAAUUCCCGUCGUCUCUCCCUCUCCACUUGAGAAGAUUUUUCAGGGGAUAUACACUUGCAAUAAAUUUAGAGAAGUUCAUAAAGAAGUAAUAGGGAUGCUUUCAACUCUUCAUACUCUACACCGGAAGGAUGGUGUAAUUGCAACGUACCAUGUAGAAGAUGAAGUGGAUGUUGAGGAUUUCAUCAAGGAGGUGACCCACACAGUGUACUUUAAUGAGGCCGAAUGGAAAGUAAAGUGUUCAUGUGCCUUGUUUGAGAUGAGAGGGAUACUGUGUAGACAUGUGUUAGGCAUUAUGAGAGUUAACAAAGUCCGUUCGGUCAUUGAAAAGUACAUACUAGAUCGAUGGUGGAAAGACAUCAAAAGGACAUACACUCUUAUACAAAAUAGUUAUGACUUAGUUGAUCAGAGGCCUAAAGUUAGCAGAUAUUCACGUAUCAUCAAGAAAUGCUAUGAAGUAGCCACAAAUGCAUCUUCAUGUGAUGAGCACACUGAGGAUAUGCUAGAUAAGCUAGAUGCGCUGAACUUAGGCUAUCGCACCAAGACGCCGCCCUUGAAGGUUGUAACUACUGAUGCUGACACAAUGACAGCUGUGAGUUCUAAGAAAGUAUUGAGUCCUAAUGCAGUCAAAGGAAAAGGUAGACCGCCAUCUCUUAGAAAAAAAUCAAUGAUUGAGAAAGUGAAACACACGACGAAGAAGGCUAGUCAAAAAGGAAAGCAUAAACAACCGCAUGGAAUACAAGGCGUGGAUGUUGGAAUGUGCAGGAAUUUAUUUGGACAAGCAGAUGUUGGAACAACACAAAAUGUUCUAGUUCAGCCGUCACAAUACACUACCGAAGUGUUGGACUUUAGUGCAACCGAAUUAGGCUUUGCAGUGAAUGAGACUCAAGAAAGUAUGCAAAUUGGGUUGGAUGGAACCCAGCCGGAAUUCAUGCAAUUGGGGAGCAAUUGGGGGACAACAGGAAAUGUGGGCAGAGAAGCUCAAAAUGUUACCCUUGGUAUGGCUGCAAGUUGUAAAAAGACAGAAAUUCUCGAGCGGUUAGGUUGGGUAAAACUCCCUGAAGGGCUCCAUGGCCAUACGGAAUACUAUGCAAGCACAGAGAAAGGCCCUCAAUGA